CGUAAACAUGCCCGUGGCUGCGAUUGCACAAUAAAAAGAGACAAUUAUAACAUAGACAUCGCACUUGUGGGAACAAAGUUUCAAGAACGGCUGUCAAAUUGACCAGUUCAUUAUGUUCUCGCGUAGUUUCAUCAGCCUGAACCGCAGGAUCACAGCUAAAGCAAGCUUUACUGUUCAAAACGUCACGACGUACAGGUCACUACACUUGGCUUGUCGCAACUUGGGACUGAGGCUGCAAGUUAGGUGUCACGAGAUCCGAGUGCCGGUUACGAACGCUGGUUACACCAGGCAUUUAAGUUUGUCUGCUGUCAAAUUGCAAGAUGCAUCGACGAGCCCGACAAAAGAAGUCAAUGCAUCAGACGUCAACGAAAACAGUGUAUCCAAUGUCACAGAUACGUCAAGCACAGAUGAUUUGCUUUCACAAAUUCCUGAGCCACCAACUCCGGUCGAAGAGAUAAUCGAAGUUUUGCAAACAGUAGGAGAGCCUGCAUUUAAAAGUCUAGGUCUUGGUAGCUGGUAUCCUUCUGGUAUGGUACAGCAAGCACUGGAAUAUUUGCACGUCAGUGGUAGCUUACCUUGGUGGGCUUGUAUCAUGGCAAGUACUGUAUUUAUUAGAACAAUGAUGUUCCCGGUAGUUAUACGAAUGCAAAGAUAUGCAGCAAGAAUGAACAAUGUACAACCAGAAAUGCAAUUUAUACAAGCACAAUUGACGGAUGCUCGCAGGAUGGGUGACAACUAUGAAGUCAUGAGGUUAACAAAUGAGCUUCUUACGUUUAUGAAAGAAAAUAAUAUUGAUCCAAGAAAAAAUGCAUGGUUACCGUUAUUACAGGCACCUAUUUUCAUAUCAUUUUACAUGGGGCUUAGAGGAAUGGUCAAUGUACCUGUAGAAAGUAUGAAAGAAGGAGGUCUCUGGUGGUUUUCAGAUCUCACCAUACCAGAUCCCUACUUCUUAUUGCCGUUGCUUACAAGUUCAACUCUUUUUAUUACCCUCGAAAUGGGAACAGAUACUCUUAAAGUAGGAAACAUGGGAUUUCUCAAAUACGUUCUCCGAGCGAUUCCUGUUGUAAUGUUUCCCUUCAUCAUCAAAUUCGAAGCGGGUAUACUUUGUUAUUGGGUAUCAACCAAUCUAUUUUCACUGGUUCAAGUCGCAGUACUUAGGCGUCCUAAGGUGAGGGCAUACUUUGAUAUUCCGGAAUUGAUUAAACAUGAUACCAAAAAGUUACCAAUUGCGAGGAAAAAUUUUGUUGAAGGCUUUAAGGAUUCAUGGAGAAACAUAAAAGUAGCUCGAGAUGUUGGGGAUCGUGAAAUGUAUGACUCGCUGGUUUUCACAAAAGCCGGUAAAGGACCUAUACCAAAAACAUACAAAUUCGAUCCAACGAAACCACAUCCAGCAAGCAUCAUUCAGAAUAAAAUAAAAUCCGACCAAACAAAAGGAAAACUUGUAAAUACUAUUUUUACUAAAACAAGCGAAAAAAACUCCACGAAAUCAAAUCCAGCAAAUACAAUUUUAACGAAAAAGAAAGACUAAUGUUUAUAGCUUGAAGUACUUUAUUAGAAAUUAAUUUUACAUUGUACAAAACAGAAUAAAUGUAAUUAUAAA